CUCUCACUUUCUUAGGUUUUACAGAGAGAGCGCAUAUACGUUUAGAGAGAGAAACACUUUUUAACAUUCUCUCUCUCUAACUUAAUUUCAAUCUAGAGAGAGAGAAGAGUGUUUUAAUUCUCGGUGUGAGCGAUUCUCGAAAAGAGUCGUUGUCAAUUAAAUCCAACAGUGGGUUCCUUUCCGACGAAGUCAGGUACUGUAUAUCUAUACUUAUAUAUGUCUAUAUAUACUCUCAACAACCAGAGAGAGAGAGAGACGCGUUUGCUACUGAUACCUGCAAGAAUCUGUAAUAGCUCACUACCAGUUGAUUCAAGGUACUUCUUGACUCAUCCCUUCCCAGAACCCCAACUCACGAGAAUGGAACGCGCUGGAAUGGAAAACAAUGUAACCCAACAACUCUCGGUUGAUCCACUCCCUUUUGCUAGAAGUUAUCAGUUGGAAGCACUGGAGAAAGCAAUUAAGCAAAACACGAUUGUGUUUCUGGAGACUGGUUCUGGCAAGACCCUGAUCGCGAUCAUGCUUCUACGCAGCUAUGCCUACUCCAUCCGAAAGCCGUCCCGUUGUUUCGCUGUUUUCUUGGUCCCUAAAGUUGUUUUGGUCACUCAACAAGCUGAAGCUGUGAAAAUGCACACUGACUUGAAAGUUGGAAAGUAUUGGGGAGAUAUGGGUGUUGACUACUGGGAUGCUGCUACAUGGAAGCAGCAACAGGAUGAAUUCGAGGUUCUUGUAAUGACACCCCAGAUCUUACUUGAUGCCCUGAGGCAUAGCUUUUUGAAACUUGAUGAGAUAAAGGUUCUUAUAUUUGACGAAUGUCACAAUGCAAGAGGUAGUGACCCCUAUGCUUGUAUUAUGAAGGAAUUCUAUCAUCGUCUCUUGCAGACUAACUCCCAGGUUCCUAGGAUAUUUGGGAUGACAGCUUCUCCUGUAAAAUCUAAAGGUCGAAGCUCUUCAUUGGCCUAUUGGGAAAUGAUCAGUAAGCUCGAGAAUCUUAUGAAUUCAAAGGUGUACACCUGUGUGAGUGAUUCUGUUCUGGCAAAGUACGUUCCCUUUUCAAAGCCGAAGUUGAAGUUCUACAAGCACGAGGAUAUCCCUUAUGAGCUAUUUGAACGUUUGGCAAAUUAUUUGAAGAGUCUAAAAGAAAAGCAUGAAUUCUCUGUCAGAAGAUCAAAGCUCACAAGCUCUGCAGCAGAAUCUGCAAAGAAAAAAUUAUCUAAGCUAUUUUCUACCUUUUUGUUCUGCUUGGAUGAGCUGGGUGUUUGGUUAGCUUUAAAGGCUGCUGAAUCCUUGUCAUGUGAAGAAACUGACACCUUUUUAUGGGGGAAACUGGAUGUUUGUGGUGAGACAACUGUGAGAGAUUUCGUCUUGGAUGUGUCUAAGUUUUUAUCCUGUUGCUUACCAUCUGGUCCUGAGUGGAGUAUUGGUGGAAACAUAAAAUUUAAUAUGGAUGCUGGGUAUCUAACUUCCAAAGUUAACUGUCUUAUUGAAUCUCUUAUUGAAUACAGGGAUAUGAAGGAUUUGAGAUGUAUAAUUUUUGUAGAAAGGGUCAUUACAGCAAUCGCUCUUCAAGCUUUAUUGACUGAGUUGCUUCCAAAAUUAAGUGGAUGGAAAACGGAGUACACAGCUGGGAAUCAGUCUGGGUUGCAGUCACAAAGUAGGAAAAAGCAAAAUGAAAUUGUUGAACAAUUCCGCAAGGGAAUGGUAAACAUCAUUGUUGCAACCUCAAUUCUUGAAGAAGGCUUGGAUGUUCAAAGUUGCAACCUUGUUAUUAGAUUUGAUCCCUCAGCUACUGUUUGUAGUUUUAUUCAGUCCCGUGGUCGUGCUCGAAUGCAGAACUCUGAUUUUUUGCUUAUGGUCAGGAGUGGUGAUGCUUCUACACUCACCCGAGUACAGAACUAUCUUGCUAGUGGAGACAUCAUGAGGAAGGAGUCCUUGAGCCAUGCAUCCGUUCCUUGUGCACCUCUUGAUUGUGAAUUGUUUAAUGAAAUCUCUUAUCGUGUUGAAAGUACAGACGCAUUUGUGACUCUGUGUUCUAGCGUGGGUCUGAUACAUUUCUACUGCUCGCGACUACCUUCUGAUGGGUAUUUUAAACCCUCUCCUCGUUUCAAUAUUGAUGAGGAGUUGGAAACAUGUACCUUAUAUCUUCCCAAAAGCUGCCCGAUACAAAAUGUUUGUGUUAAAGGCAACAUCAAAAUGUUGAAGCAACUUGCAUGUCUAGAAGCAUGCAAGCAGCUUCAUCAGAGUGGUGCGCUGACCGAUAAUCUUGUUCCGGAUAUUGUUGUGGAAGAAGCUAUUUCUCAAGAAUUGGGGAAUGAAAUAUAUUCUAACGAUCAACCAAAAUACUUCCCACCCGAAUUGGUUAGUCAUUGUGUGAAUGAUUCUAUGAACGUGUAUCAUUGCUAUUUGAUUCAGCUAAGCCGACACUUUGAUUAUGAUAUCCCGCUUCAUGAUAUUGUGUUUGCUUUGAGGACUAAACUUGAGUUAGAUGAUGAUAAUAUGACUAUUGACUUGGAAGUUGAUCGGGGUAGUUUGACAGUGAACAUGAAAUAUGUUGGAGUAGUUAAGCUUGAUGCUGGAAAGGUUCUUUUAUGUCAGUGGUUUCAAGUUACUAUUUUCAGAGCUCUUCUUGAUCAUAAUUUCAAUAAAUUGAGAGGGGUGAUAGAUGCAUUUCAUUUGAAGAAUGAUUUUCCAGUACAUGACUAUCUGCUACUCCCAUCUACUGGCUCACAUCAGAAUCCUCCAUUCAUUGAUUGGAAAUGUAUUAGUUCUGUGCGAUUUCCACGCCUACCUCUAGAUAAGAAACACACAAAUUGUUCUCUUCCCAAGGGUUAUACUCAUCUGGUGAAGACAAAGCAUGGUUCUGUCUGCAGCUGCAUGCUAGAGAAUUCUGUUGUAUGCACUCCUCACAAUGGUAAUGUUUACUGUAUCACUGGCACAUUAAAUAAUUUGGAUGGGAACUCACUUCUGAGGCUAAAGAAUGGACAAGCUAUUCCUUACAAGAAAUACUAUAAAUCACGGCAUGGAAUUGACUUGUGUUUUGAAAGUGAAUCGCUGCUUAAUGGGAGACAUAUUUUUCCAGUGCAAAAUUGCCUUCAGAGAUGUAGACAGCAGAAGGAGAAAGAACCAAGCAAUGCAUCCGUUGAAGUGCCUCCUGAACUUUGUUCUGUUAUCAUGUCUCCUAUAUCAAUCUCUACAAUUUAUUCUUUCUCAUUUGUUCCAUCUAUCAUGCACCGGAUCGAGUCGUUGCUUAUUGCUGUGAACUUGAAAAAGAUGCACGCGGAUCACUGCAUGCAAAAUGUUGUUAUUCCAACCUUCAAGGUCUUGGAAGCAAUUACUACAAAGAAAUGUCAAGAGAAAUUUCAUUUGGAAUCACUGGAGACCAUUGGGGACUCUUUCCUCAAAUAUGCUGCCAGUCAGCAAUUAUUCAAAACCAAUCAAAAUCACCACGAGGGCCUUCUUAGUAUCAAAAAAGAGAAAAUAAUUUCUAAUGCUGCGCUUUGCAAGCUAGGAUGUGACUGCAAACUUCCGGGCUUUAUUCGUACUGAGCCUUUUGAUCCUAAAAUGUGGAUCGUUCCUGGCGAUCGAUCCGGAGAUUACACAUUGGACGAAGAAUCGGUUUCUACUAAGAGAAAAGUCUACAAUAGGGGAAUAAGAAAGGUGAAGAGUAAGACAGUUGCUGAUGUUGUGGAGGCAUUAAUUGGUGCAUACCUCAUUACAGGAGGUGAACUAGCAGCUCUAUCAUUAAUGGAUUGGCUUGGUAUAAAGGCGGAUUUUGCCAAUAUACCAUAUGGGAGGGACUUCCCAGUGCAACCAGAGAAGCUUGUUAAUAUCAGAUAUGUAGAAUCCUUGUUGAACUAUUCAUUUCGAGACCCGUCUUUGCUAGUAGAAGCAUUAACCCAUGGUUCUUACAUGCUACCUGAGAUUCCUAGAUGCUAUCAGCGGUUAGAAUUUCUUGGGGACGCGGUGUUAGAUUAUCUCAUAACAAUGCACCUGUGCCAUAAAUAUCCUGGACUAUCACCUGGGCUGUUAACUGACCUAAGGUCAGCUUCUGUGAACAAUGACUGUUAUGCCCAUUCUGCAGUUAAGGCUGGAUUGCACAAACACAUUCUGCAUGCCUCGCAAGAGCUUCAUGGGCAUAUUAAAAGCACUGUGACCAGUUUUGAGCAGCUGUCCUUGGAAUCAACUUUUGGAUGGCAAUCGGAGACAACUUUCCCCAAGGUACUGGGGGAUAUAAUAGAAUCUCUAGCUGGGGCAAUUCUGAUUGAUUCUGGAUACAACAAGGAGACCGUCUUUCAGAGCAUAAGACCUCUUCUGGAACCCCUAGUUACACCAGAGACAUUAACUCUACAUCCAGUAAGGGAGCUGAAUGAUCUUUGCCAAAAGAAACAUUAUAAUAAGAAAAAGACUGUAUUGUCUAGUGAAAAUGGUGUCGCUUUCUUCACCGUUGAGGUUGAAGCAAAUGGUAUCUCACACAAGCGUUCAUGCACUGCAGCAGACAAGAAGAUGGCAAAAAAACUGGCUUACAAAGCUGUUUUGAAGUCGUUGAAGGAAAGCAUGUAUGGUACAUAAAUACCAUACACAUCCUUUAGUACAGACAAUAAGACAACAAUAAAAUUGGCUAUGGAGGCCAUUGUGAAUCGAUGAAGGAAAAAGCAUGUAUUGGACAUAAUUAUGUGAAGCUUUUAAGGCACAAGUUGAGUUGUUAUAAGUUUAGUAUUUGUGUGGUCAUCUGUAUCUCUAAUGUCUGAUAUUAGUGGCAGAUAUGAUGGUUAACAGAUCAUUAGACAAUUUGUUAGUCGUUAUUUGCAAGAAAUUUGAGAUAAGGGAAUCCUUUAAUAGUGAUGUUGGUAUUUGAGAUAAGGGAAUCCUUUAAUAAUGAUGUUGGUGGGUAACAUUGGAAAAUGCUAUGUUUGGAAUCAUUUUUCUUAGUUUCUUUUCGGCUAUGAUCUGGUUGAAAGCUCUUUUAACAAGAGAGAUACUGAUUUAAUCUUGAGAACCCCUCUUUUAACAAGAGAGAUGCCGAUUAAUCUUGAGAACCCUCUUGGAGAGAUGGGUGGAACUGAUUUUCUGUUAAGACUGCAGAUAAAGUUUUUUUACGACUUGUUAAGGGGGACAAACAGAUUACAGAAGAGUGCAGAUGCAGCCAUAGCCGGGAAUUUAGUUCCAGAUGGAGUAUUAUUUGGAGAAUUAAAGCCUACUGGAUAGUUAUCUUCUUUGUUGGGCAAUGCUGCCAUUAAAGAUCACCAAUUCUGUUUAAUUUAAAUCAGAGGGUAUCGAGGAUUGUUCUUGUUGCUAGUGUGGUGUGGAAUUGUAGUCCUCUUGAGACUUUAUUUUGGGGCUGGAAUGUUUGUCCUCUGGCAACAAGCAUGGUCUUAUUUAUUUGAUAUUUGGAGUAAGGCUGAACUCAGAACGUCUUUUCAGCUUGGGUGCUUUUAUUUGUUGUCGCUUAUGGCAGUUUAAUGGUAGAAAGUGAGACCUUAUGGCUGUUUAAUGGUAGAAAGUGAGACCUUAUGGCUGUUUUGGACAGGUGCUCUCGAGUCAAAUGAAUUCUGGGACUCAAGUUCAAUGAACAAAGAUUCAAAAUGCCUCGAGUUCAGCCUUCUGCGCCUAUUGUACUUGGUAGUUGGCUCCGGAAGUGGGUUCCUACAAACAGUUGGGUCCUUCAUUGCUGUAAUCUGGUGGCUUGUCGUCGUAGACUAUAGUGGUGUCUCCUCUGCUUUCCAAAGUAGAAGGUCGAGAGUUCAAGUCCUAGUAGGAACAAAAGUUUGGUGUAUGAGUUUAUUAUCAAUGUAUAUAUAUCUAUCUAUCUAUCUUAGCAGAUGGGUUUGGAGCACUAGGAAAGGUGAUUACAAGUGGGAUGGGUGGCUGUUUCCUUUAAUUUCCUUUUCUUUGUAAUUUGUAUUAAAAGAAAAAUAUUAUAUUAUUUUUAUGUUUUAUGAAGUAGUAUCAAGUUCGAAGCAAACUUCUUGCUAUUUAUCAAUUGUGUGACAGUAACAAUUGUAUUAGUAUUGUUUUCUCAGGCACCAAGGCAAAUCUAUCGCUUUCAUUACUGUGA